CAAAUGUUUGUUCUCCGUUCGUUUAGUAUGCAAUGCUCUUUGUACAAAACGAAAUACUGAACGCUGAAGCUUAGUGUUUUUGGUCCUCGCGAAUGAAAUAAUUGACCGGCAUCGAAUUAAAUAUCAAAAAUGGGUGAUGAAGAAGAACCAAAGGAGUAUCGCUGGGAAACCGGCUACGAACGAACAUGGGAAUCGAUUAAAGAAGACGAAGAAGGACUGGUGGAAAGUGCCAUUAUAGAAAUCAUACAAAAAGCCAAACGAAAACGUCAACUCAAGAAACGAGGUCAUCGGCGACUUGGAAUGAUGAGACACAUUUAUUUAGUUAUCGACUGCUCGGAAUCGAUGGGUUUACCGGAUUUAAAACCAACUCGUAUGAUUUGCACAGUAAAGCUUCUGGAAAUAUUUAUCGAAGAAUUUUUCGAUCAAAAUCCGAUUUGUCAACUUGGAAUCAUUAUGAUGAAGGACAAACGUGCCGAAAAAUUGUCCGAUUUAUCGGGCAGUGCUCGAAAGCAUAUUCGUUCAUUGAAAGAUUUGAUUGUGUGCCCAGGUGAACCGUCACUCCAAAAUGGUUUAGAUUUAGCACGAAAAUCAUUGAAAAUGUUGCCAUCGCACGCUAGCCGGGAAAUUGUUUGUAUUAUGAGUAGUCUGACAACGUGCGAUCCCACCGAUUUAUUAGUUACAAUAGAUACUUUGAAAAAAGAUGGAAUUAGAUGUAAUAUGUUGAGCUUGUCGGCUGAAAUACGUGUUUGCCGUCACCUAACCGAACAAACAAAUGGCACUUAUGCCGCCGUCUUAGAUGGCGCACAUUAUCGCGAUCAAUUGAUGCAGUACAUCGAUCCACCGUUGGCAAAUCGAACACAAGAAAAUUCACUCAUCAAAAUGGGAUUCCCUCAUGUACAGCACGAAGAAGGCAAAGAUCCACCGUUAACAAUGUGCAUGUGUCACAUUGACAAUACAGAUGAACCGAGUAAAUUGUCAACGGGUGGUUUUAAUUGUCCGCAAUGUGCCAGUAAAUAUUGUGAAUUACCACUUGAAUGUCUAUCGUGUGGACUAACAUUGGUAUCUGCACCGCAUUUGGCUCGGUCAUAUCAUCAUUUGUUUCCAAUUGCAAAUUUUAUUGAAUGUCCAUUCAAUCAACAAACCGACAAAUGUUAUGCAUGUCAAAAAAUAUUUACCGAUGGCGCUGCCGAUAAAACGAUUUACCGAUGCCAAACAUGUAAAAAAUAUUUUUGCAUGGAUUGUGAUAUAUUCAUCCAUGAAACAUUACACACUUGCGUUGGCUGUGCCACAACCAAGUAAAACAAUUGAUGUGUAGCAUUGCUCAAUUUGAAGGACAAUAAAAAUGAUUAAAUUAAAAUAAA